AUGGAGUCUGACGGCGUCCUCCCCGACUCGCUGAAAGAGCUACUUCAGGCGGACAGCACCCUCGAACUACUGCGUCGCUUCAUCAGCGACCCACAGUGCAAGGCGAUCUCCAUUCUGCGCCAGCUUGUCAAAGACGACGACGAGGAGGACCAGGCGAGCCAGCUGAGCAGCGCCGACCUGGACAACUGCGUCCACUACAGCAUCAGCGAGGACGUCAAGUCCUUCAGUCCGAAGAUCACCAGUCUUACGCUGCUCAAGCGCGGCCCCAUACUGGAUGCGGAGAAGACGCUGCUGCAGCAGAUUCGCCACCAGAUUAUGGACGAGAGCAUUCCCUACGAGGAAAUGCACUUUUACAAUAGCGCCUUCUUGGCGCCCAAGUUCAAGUCGCAUGUCAAGGCGACCGGUCGAGCUGAGCGCGACGGCGACAAGAUGGUCUCCAACGUGGAGAAGGACAUCGCCGUACUGGAGAUGGACUUUCUGCACCUGCAGCAGAACAUCGACAUACCGGAGAUUAGCCUGCAGAUUCACCCGCACGUCAGCUCGGUGAUCAAGCAGUGCGCCGAGGAGGGCGUCAAGGUGAACAUGGACUACUUCGCCGACAAGAUCAACGACUCGGUCUUCCUCAACCAGCUGCAGUCGGGCGUCAACCGGUGGAUUCGCGAGAUUCAGAAGGUGACCAAGCUCGACCGCGACCCCUCCUCGGGCACCGCCCAGCAGGAGAUCAGCUUCUGGCUCAAUCUGGAGCGGGCGCUGCUGCGCAUUCAGGAGAAGCGCGAGUCCCUGGAGGUGGUGACCACGCUGGAGAUUCUGAAGAACGGCAAGCGCUUCCACGCCACGGUCAGCUUUGACGCGGACACCCGCCUGAAGGAGGCCGUCGAGAUGGUGGACAACUACAAUCCGCUGAUGAAGGACUUUCCACUCAAUGACCUCACCGCGGCCACCGACCUGGAUCGCAUUCAGCUGGCGCUCAAAGGCAUCUUCCUUCACCUGAAGAAGAUUCGCAACACCAAGUACCCGAUGCAGCGGGCGCUGAAGCUGAUGGAGGCGAUCAGCCGCGACCUGAUGAGCCAGAUGCUGAAGGUGCUCGGCACGCGCCGGAUGAUGCACAUUCCCUUCGAGGAGUUCGACCGCCUGCUGGCCGCCUGCAGCCAGGUCUUCACCGUCUGGGACGACGAGUACGAGAAGUUUCAGACGCUGCUGCGCGACCUGAUCAAGAAGAAGCGCGACGAGCACCUGAAGAUGAUCUGGCGCAUCAGCUUCGCCCACAAGAAGCUGCAGGUGCGCAUGGAGCACAUGCGCAAGUUUCGCAAGCAGCACGAGCAGCUGCGGGCGGUCAUUCUCCGCGUCCUCCGCCCCAGCUUCAAGGAGAUGGCCGACAAGGAGCUGCUCUUGCAGCAACAGCAGCAGCAACAACAACAGGGCGGAAGCGACCUGGACAGCAAGGACUCGGGCUUUGAGGCUCAGCUUCGAAGCUCGCAGAGUAGUGGCAGCAGCAGCAGCCACGUCCACCACCACCACUUCAAUGAGGUGAACGAAAUUGAGGAGGUCGAUCUUGCCUACGAGCUGGUGAAGGAGGUGGACGCGCUGGACAUGAGCAAGGACGGCAGCGACUCUUGGGACGCCAGUAUCAAGCGCUACGACGAGCGCAUCGACCGCGUCGAGGCGCGCAUCACCGCGAAGCUGCGCGACCAGCUGGGCACGGCGAAGAACGCCAAUGAGAUGUUCCGCAUCUUCAGCCGCUUCAAUGCGCUCUUCGUGCGGCCGCACAUCAGCGGCGCCAUUCGCGAGUACCAGACGCAGCUGAUUCAACGGGUGAAGGACGACAUCGAGUCGCUGCACGAGAAGUUCAAGGUGCAGUACCCGCAGUCGAAGUGCGCCCGCAUGAGCCGCGUCUACGACAUUCCCCUCGUCAGCGGCUCCAUCAUCUGGGCGCGGCAGAUUGAGCGCAAGCUGAGCGUCUACAUGAAGCGCGUCGAGGACAUCCUCGGCAAGGGCUGGGAGAACCACAUCGAGGGGCAGAAGCUGAAGAGCGACGCGGAGAGCUUCCGCCUGAAGCUGAACACGCAGGCGAUCUUUGACGAGUGGACGCGCACGGUGCAGCAGCGCCAGCUCAAUGUCAGCGGGAAGAUCUUCACCAUCGAGAAUGCCGCCCGCUCGAAUGUGGGCGGCGCCGUCGGCGGCGGCCUGCAGCGAGGCUUUCGCCUGCGCGUCAACUUCACCCCCGACAUCAUCGUCCUGGCGAAGGAGGUGCGCAUCCUCCGCUCGCUCGGCUUUCGCGUCCCCCUGGGCAUCGUCAACAAGGCCCACCAGGCCAAUCAGCACUUUCCCUUUGCCGUCUCGCUGAUUGACACCGUCAAGUCCUAUGAGCGCGCCUGCGAGAAGGUGGAGGCGAAGGGCGCCAGUCUGGCGCUGCUGGUCGCCGGCCUGAAGCACGACGUCCAGGAGCAGAUUGCCGAGGGCGGCGGCAUGGUCUGGGAGUCGUACAAGCGCGACUCGUACGUGCAGCGCCUCGGCGAGGCCGUCUCCAACUUCCAGGAGAAGGUCGACGAGCUGCUGGACAUCGUGGAGGCGAUCGACCUGGAGGUGCGGGCGAUUGAGAGCUGCAGCUACUCGGCCACCACCUUUGCGGAGAUUCUCAGCAAGAUUCAGAAGGCGGUGGACGACCUCAGCCUGCACCGGUACUCCAACCUGGCGGAGUGGGUGCGCCGGCUGGACGAGGAGGUGGAGGCGAAGCUGGCGGUGCGCCUUCAGGCGGGCAUUGCCGCCUGGACGAAGGCUCUCGAGGGCGACGACAAGCCCGACUCGGGCGAGGGCGACGCGCUGACGGACACCGACUCGCCGAUGACCGCCACGGCGCCGGGGGGCGGCGGCGGCGGCGCGGCGGCGAAGCUGGGCGGCGACCCGAAGAUCGCCCCGAAGGUGCACGAGAUCUGCAUCACCAACCAGGUGAUGUUCAUCCGGCCCUCGGUGGAGGAGGCCCGCUUCAGCCUGCUGCAGGAGCUCUUCGCCUGGCAGAACGUCAUCCUGACGCUGUACCGGGUGGAGAGCAGCCGCUACCAGGUGGGCCUGGACCGGCCGCAGCCGCAGCAGUACCGCGACCUGCUCAGUAAGAUCCCCGAGGCGAAGGCGGUGCUGGAGGCCAGUUACACGGCGAUCGAGGCGAAGAUCCGCCAGAUGCGCGACUACAUUGAGCAGUGGCUCACCUACCAGUCGCUGUGGGACCUGCAGGCGGACCAGCUGUACGCGAAGCUGGGCGAGGACGUGCACCGGUGGAUGAACACCCUGGUGGAGAUCAAGAAGAGCCGCACCACCUUCGACACCGCCGACACGCGCAAGGAGAUCGGCCCCAUCGUGGUGGACUACGCGAAGGUGCAGUCGAAGGUGACGCUGAAGUACGACAGCUGGCACAAGGAGGUGCUCGGGAAGUUCGGCCAGCUGCUCGGCGCGGACAUGGUCAGCCUGCACGGGGCGAUCAGCAAGUCGCGCAGCGAGCUGGAGAAGCAGUCGAUCGACACGGCGAACACCAAGGACGCCGUCACCUUCAUCACCUACGUCCAGUCGCUGAAGAGCAAGAAGGUCGCCUGGAGCAAGCAGGUGGAGGUGUACAAGGAGGGGCAGCGCAUUCUGGAGCGACAGCGCUUUCAGUUUCCCAACAACUGGCUCUACGUGGACAACAUCGAGGGCGAGUGGAGCGCCUUCAGUGAGAUCAUGAAGCGGAAGGACGCCAGCAUUCAGCAGCAGGUGACCAGCCUGCAGGUGAAGAUUGUCGCCGAGGACAAGAGCGUCGAGGCGCGCACGGUGGAGUUUCUCAGCGAGUGGGAGCGCGGCAAGCCGGUGGCCGGGUCGACCAAUCCCAAGGAGGCGAUCAGCCGACUGAGCAUCUUUGAGAGCAAGUUCAACCACCUGCGCGACGACCGCGACAACAUCAUGCGCGCCCGGGAGGCGCUGGAGCUGCUCGAGCCGGGCAGUGUGGCCAGUAGCCCCAACGACGAGAAGCUGGCCGUCUCGCUGGAGGAGCUGCAGGACCUGAAGGCCGUCUGGACGGAGCUGGCCGGCGUCUGGGAGCAGAUUGAGGCGCUGAAGGAGCUGCCCUGGCUGUCGGUGCAGCCGCGCAAGCUAAGGCAGCAGCUCGAUGGGCUGCUGACGCAGCUGAAGGAGAUGCCGGCGAGGAUGAGGCAGUAUGCGAGCUAUGACUAUGUGAAGCGGGUGCUGCAGAGCUACACCAAGUCGAACGUCCUCAUCGUCGAGCUGAAGUCGGACGCGCUGAAGGAGCGCCACUGGCGAGCGCUGACCAAGCAGCUCAAGGUGAGCUGGGUCCUCUCUGAGCUCACCCUCGGCCAGGUCUGGGACAUUGACCUGCAGCGCAACGAGCUGAUCGUCAAGGACAUCAUCCAGGUGGCGCAGGGCGAGAUGGCCCUGGAGGAGUUCCUCAAGCAGGUGCGCGAGUUCUGGCAGACGUACGAGCUGGACCUGGUCAACUACCAGUCGAAGUGCCGCAUCAUUCGCGGCUGGGACGACCUCUUCACGAAGGUGAAGGAGCACAUCAACUCGAUCACGGCGAUGAAGCUCUCCCCCUACUACCGCGAAUUUGAGGAGGACGCCCUCAGCUGGGAGGAGAAGCUGAAUCGCAUCAACGCCAUCUUCGACGUGUGGAUCGACGUGCAGCCCCGGUGGGUCUACCUGGAGGGCAUCUUCAGCGGCAGCUCGGACAUUCAGGCGCUGCUGCCCGUGGAGACCAGCCGCUUCCAGUCGAUCAGCAGCGAGUUCCUCCAGCUGAUGAAGAAGGUCUCCAAGAAUCCGAUGAUCAUGGACGUGAUGAACAUUCCGGGGGUGCAGCGGUCGCUGGAGCGCCUCUCCGACCUGCUGGGGAAGAUUCAGAAGGCGCUGGGCGAGUACCUGGAGCGGGAGCGCAGCAGCUUCCCGCGCUUCUACUUUGUCGGCGACGAGGACCUGCUGGAGAUCAUCGGCAACAGCAAGAACAUUCCCCGCCUGCAGAAGCACUUCAAGAAGAUGUUUGCCGGCGUCGCCUCUAUCAUUCUCAGCGAGCCGGAGAAUAACGUACUUGGCCUCUGCUCAAAGGAGGGCGAGGAGGUGCGUUUCGCCAAUCCGAUCAGCAUUGCGGAGAACCCGAAGAUCAACAAGUGGCUGUCGCUGUUGGAGCGCGAGAUGCGCUACACGCUGGGCAAGCUGCUCGCCAGCGCCGUCGCCGACUCGAUGGCCUUUAGAUCCGGCGCCAUUGAGGUGCCCGUCUUCAUCGAGUGGCUGGACAAGUACCAGGCGCAGAUUAUCGUCCUCGCGGCGCAGAUCAGCUGGAGCGAGCAGAUGGAGCAGGCGCUGGCGGCGGCGGCGGCGGCCGGCGGUGCCUCCUCGGCCGCCGACGACCCCACCGCGCCGCUGGCCACCGUCCUCCAGUCGGUCGAGUCGACGCUGCAGAUUCUCGCCGACUCGGUGCUGCAGGAGCAGCCCCCACUUCGCCGGAAGAAGCUGGAGCACCUGAUCACCGAGUUUGUGCACAAGCGCGACGUCACCCGCCGCCUCAUUAAGUCAGGCGUCAGCAGCCCGAAGUGCUUCGAGUGGCUGGCGCAGAUGCGCUUCUACUUUGACCCGAAGCAGACCGACGUGCUGCAGCAGCUGACGAUUCACAUGGCCAACGCCAAGUUCUUCUACGGCUUCGAGUACCUGGGCGUGCAGGAGAAGCUGGUGCAGACGCCGCUCACCGACCGGUGCUACCUGACGAUGACGCAGGCGCUGGAGGGCCGGCUCGGUGGGUCGCCCUUUGGCCCGGCCGGCACCGGCAAGACGGAGUCGGUG